GUCCACUUCUUUCCGCGUUCUUUCUCGGUUGGUGGUACGAACUACGUUGACCCAAAAACCCCAUCUUUUGGUUUCGUCCGUCAAAUUUUAGGAAGAAAAGAAGCGAUAAAUACGAAUCCAUCUAGCCAUCUUGAUGUUCGUAGGAUUCGGAGUUCGGCAGCCGCUGUGAACUGCGCAAGCCAAUACAAAUCGAUCUUCCGAGCUGCUGGUUUCGGAUUCACGGUACUCCUCAAUCUUGCUUUCUUGAAAACCCUAGCUAGUUGCGGAGUCGAUAUCUUCUCGACUUCGAUUGAUCAUCGAAGCUCAAACGAUCCUGUCUUUUUUUUUUUUAUAUUUUCUGCCGGAAUUUGAUCCUUUGACACGGCAUGGUUGUUCGAUAUCUUUGAGGAAUCGGUGCAAUUUGGUCCUUUGUUGACGAGGACGGAGCGGAAGGGUAAGGUUCUCAAACGCUAGCGUAGAUUUUUAGGGUUCCGGGAUUCAUUACUCUGUGAGUUUACUUGUGCGUGAGCAAAAUUCCAAAACCAUAGAAAGAACUGCCUUUUGAUCUCUUACACGGAUCAAGAGUCGUGACAUAUAAGGGGAAAAAAUCGGAUGGUAACUUGGAGCUCUUGUAAAGCUCAGAGCUUUGAUGAAUUCACGGCGAUCCAAAUCCGUGAAGCUUGUUUCGUCCCAUUCCCAAUCCAUAGAAGUAGAGUUAGGAGAGUGCUCCCAAAUGGGUUCUUCCAUUGACAACACGGUCUACUGUUGCAUCGCCAAGGGGAACAAGAUUCUGUAUUCUUACAACAGCAAAGGCCACGAGCUCGAGACCUUGGCCAUUCUCUGCCUUGAGAAUGCGCCAGCUUUCCACAAAUGGUACUUCCACUCCAUCGGGACCAGGACUUUUGGAUUCUUGACGGCAGAUGGCCACACAUACUUCGCCAUCAUUGACCCUAGCGUCGGGAAUUUGGCGAUUCUUCAGUUCCUGGAGCACAUUCAAGAUGGUUUCAGGAAGGUGGCAAAGAAUGGUUUUCAUGAUGACUUGGUGCCCAUCGUCCAGCGGCUCAUAGCAUCCUUGGAGAACAUGCCUCGAUACGCCUUCUCAUUGGACGACAAUUCCGAGGGCACAGCAUCUAGUGAUGGUUCCACGUCGACAAAGGCACCAUUGCUAGGGAAGAACAGUGGCAACCAUCACGACAAGAAGAAGAUGAAGGAUAAAGUGCUUCAAAGUGAUGAUGUGAUUGAAGAUCAUGCUGAUAGGACAGUGAAGAUCGAUAUGCCACCACAGACAGUGGGUGCCAUGUCACUGCCAAGGAGCUUGAGCUCGACGAGACUUCGUGUGCAACAAGCAGGAAGGAGAUUGUGGUGUCGGCAUGUAAAGAUAGUGAUAGCUACCGAUAUAAUCAUCUGCCUGAUCCUGUUUGGUGUUUGGUUGGCAGUGUGCAGGGGCUUCCAUUGCGUAUCGGGGAAAUAGAAGAAGAGGGAUUGCAUUUGUGAACAAGAAAGAAAUUUCGUUAGCAUGUGGAUGGAAUCCCCUCAGAAAGAAUAUGAAUUGAGACGUGCAGUAUUCUAGAAAGUGAUGCUGUGAAGAUUCAGGUGAAGGAAGAAAGUUCUUGGAUAUGCAGCACUUGUGGCACGCCAGUGACUCAUUGCUGUCCGCGGCUAGCGUAAUAUACGAUACUUGUUGCUAGUGUAAUAUGAAUACUUGUUUUUCCUCCUUUUUCUUGGUUCUUGUGGAUGUUAGUCAUACGUCAACAGCUGUUCAUAUGUAUCAUAUUUCUAGAUCGACUUCUCGCUUAGAGGAUCUUUGGCAUGAUGACAAUGCUUAAAAUAUUCGAGCUUUCUGUUUGUCUUAAAAUGAUGUGAAAUUUCCCGAUUGCCACUAAUAUUGUAUUUAUUUGCCUGCUUUUUACACUUAA